UAAGCCACCCCACAGGAGGUCAGUGGGUUCCUUUGAGGCUCCUGGUCAUGCUCCUGACUCUGAGAUCAAAUGUACCUGGCCCUGGGGUGGUCUUGUGCCUUUCUCUCAGAGAGCUGUGAGUCAGAUGACUCUCCUUCAAUGCUCCAAAGCUGGGCCUUUCCACAUCUCUGCUCAGUGUGCCCCUGGCCCUGUGUUCUUUGUUCCCAUGUCUACUCAAGCCUUGGCUCUGCUGGCUCAGGUCCCAGAAGCCUGAGCUCUGGAUGGGCAGCUGAACCCUAGAUCCUUUAGAAUGAUGGGCUGCCAGCCAGCACAUACCUAAGCAAGAUCUUUUGCCAGGCCCAGCUCCAGCCUCCUAAUCAGAAGCAGGCAGACAGGGUGUGGCUAGGCAGGGUGGGUUGGGGCAGGGGUGGGGCCCAUUAAUGUCCCUUAGCCUCAGAAGCACCCACUGUCCUGAGCUUCCAGCAGCUUCUUUGGGCCCAGAAAAGGUCAAGGAGCUCCUGGCCCAGGUGCAGCAGGCCAGCCAGGUGGGUUUGGCUGUGCUGGGGACUUGGUGCCACCGCCAGCAGGAGUCUAAGGAGAGCCUAGGCCACUUUCUGGAGGGUCUGGGUACCAUCUUCUCCCAUGAGCCCUGGCUUCAGCUGUGCCGAGAGAAGGGCAGCAAGUUCUGGAGCUGCAAGGCUACCCACCAGCAAGGGUCUGGCACCCCUGGUGUUUCCAGCGAGGACGAGGUCAUGCUUAUCUUCUAUGACCAGCGUAAGGUGCUCCUAUCCCACCUACAUCCACCCACAGUCCUUCCUGACUGCCAGGCUGGAGAGGCCACAGUCAGUGCAGAGGGCCUGGCUGCCAUCUUUGACACAGUUUCACGCAGCGAGGUGCUGUUCUGCAAAGACCAGUUCGAUGAGGGCCCGGUGAGGCUGAGCCACUGGCAAUCGGAAGGUGUGGAGGCCAGCAUCCUCGUUGAGCUGGUGAAGCAGGCUUCAGGGCCUCUCUGCCUGCUGGUGGCCUGCCUGCUGUCAUUGAUCUCAGCUGCAAGUACCUGCCGGCUGUGGAAGCUGUGGCCUCUGCCCUUCAUCGCCAGCAAGCUCUCCACCUGUGAGCAGCUCCGGCACCGGCUCGAGCACCUCACACUUGUCUUCAGUACCCAGAAGGCUCAGAGCCCUGCUCAGUUGAUGAGGAAGGCCAACAUGUUGGUCUCCAUGCUCCUGGAUGUGGCCCUCGGCCUCACUCUUCUGUCCUGGCUCCACAGCAGUAACCGAAUUGGGCAACUGGCCAAUGCCCUCAUCCCCAUGGCUGAUCAUGUAGCUGAGGAGCUCCAGCAUCUGCUACAGUGGCUGAUGGGUGCACCUGCUGGGCUCAAGAUGAACCGGGCACUGGACCAGGUGCUGGGCCGCUUCUUCCUGUACCAUAUUCACUUAUGGAUCAGCUAUAUCCACCUCAUGUCUCCCUUCAUCGAGCGCAUCCUGUGGCACGUGGGCCUCUCAGCAUGCCUGGGACUGACAGUUGCCCUGUCCAUCCUGUCGGACAUUUUUGCACUCCUCACCUUCCACAUCUAUUGCUUCUAUGUUUAUGGUGCCCGGUUGUACUGCCUGAAGAUCUGUGGCCUAUCCUCUCUCUGGCGUCUGUUCCGGGGGAAGAAGUGGAAUGUGCUGCGUCAGCGGGUGGAUUCCUGCUCUUACGACCUGGACCAGCUCUUCAUCGGGACCUUGCUCUUCACCAUCCUGGUCUUUCUCCUGCCCACCACAGCCCUGUACUACCUAGUAUUUACCCUGCUCCGGCUCCUGGUGGUCACUGUACAGGGCUUGAUCCAUCUGCUUGUGGACCUUAUCAACUCCCUGCCUCUGUAUUCACUUGGCCUUCGGCUCUGUCGGCCCUACAGACUAGCAGCUGGUGUGAAGUUCCGCGUCCUGGAGCAUGAGGCAGGCAGGCCUCUCCGCCUCCUGAUGCAGAUAAACCCCCUGCCCUACAGCAGUGUGGUGCACACCUACCGACUACCACGCUGUGGCUGCCACCCCAAGCACUCUUGGGGCUCCCUGUGCCGCAAGCUGUUUUUUGGAGAGCUUAUCUACCCCUGGAAGCAGAGAGGGGACAAGCAGGACUGAGGUGCCUGGCUGUAGCCUUCCCAGUAUUACCGCAUGGCCCACCAUCACACCUUUCAUUCAGGGCAGUAUUGACCAUGGGGCUGAGCUCCAUGUGCUCCUAACUGUUGGCAGAUUUUGUUCCAAGUUUCCAUCCUGAUUCUGGGGCUUCACCAGGCCAUGCCAGGCAACCUACUGCCAGCCCACACUCCUUCCCUCUCUAGCACGAUUGACCUUGGGACCCACCUCUGGUCUACUGUGGUUACCACACUCUGCCCUAUCCCCAGCAACCCCCAAGUCAGCCUCUGGAGUAUGCUAGCAGGUCCCUCUGGCUAUCCCCUAGUGGUGGGUGGAGGGAUACCUCCUGGGAUGUAUUUCUAGGUUAUUGGCAUCUUCCAGCUGCUGCAGCAGAAUGCCCUGUCUGGGGGUAGGAGAGUAGGGGGGUGGGCCAUGGAGCAGCUGCUGACCCUCAAUUCCAGUGAACAAGAGCCCUCACAUGCUGAAUUGAAGAGGGUUUAUCUAUUGGAUCUCCUUGGACCCACAGUGCCCAAGGACUCACAGUGCUCCCAUAGUAUGGGUGUCCCUGAGGUUGUGGUUGUGGCCCUCGUCAGCCAGCAGGCAGUGAAUGUGGCCUCGGAGGGUGAGAGGACAAAGGUCCUCAAUGGUCCAGAAAGUUCUAUGCUGUGGCUAGGAGAGGGCAGCAAGCCCUGUCCAUCUUUGUGGCACUCGGGACUGUCCACUUCAGCCUCUCCACUGCCCAUACUCCUUUGUCUCAGGCUUCAUCAACUCUAAGCCCUUGAUGAAGGAUGUCAACAGAGAUGGAUCUUGAUCUGCCUUUUCCUUUCAUUACAAUAAAACCACAUGUGUUUGGAGUGCUA